CCUGCAUAUGAAACUCGGACUUGAAGAACGGCAGUCAGUUCAUCAGCUGUCUGGUUUACUCCAGCUUACUACAGCAUCAGUUGGUACAUCCCUGAAGGAUCCUCUCUGAGAGUCAUUGUAUGUAAAGAUGAUGUCUGCAAAUGCCAUGGCUAAAGUAAUGAUCAUCAUGCUGGCAGUUUGUCUUCUUACCCAAGCAGAUGGAAAACCUGUGAAGAAGAGAGCUGUCAGUGAAAUACAGCUUAUGCACAACCUGGGCAAACACCUUGCCUCCAUGGAGAGGAUGCAAUGGCUGAGAAGGAAGCUGCAAGAUGUGCACAAUUUUGUGAGUCUUGGAGUCCAAAUGGCUGCCAGAGAUGGCAGUCACCAGAAGCUCACCAAGAAGGAGGAAAAUGUCCCUGUUGAUGGCUAUCCAAAGAGUCUUGGUGAGGGGGACAAAGCUGAUGUGGAUGUACUAGUUAAGUCUAAAUCUCAGUAAAUGCUGAUUUAUUCUAGACAGUGCAGGGCACUGACCUACGCUGCUAACUUUUCAAGCUCUAUGAAGAUCUCCAAGUGCUAAUACUUCUACUGUGAUGAAAAUUUGGAAUUUUUUUGAUUACAUUUUUGCUCAUUUAAGGUCUCUUUCAAUGAUUCCAUUUCCAUAUGCUCUUCUUUUUAAAGUAUUACUCGUUUCCACAUCUCUCCUUAAGUAUAAAUAAAGCUUUAAUGCUCAUGAA